AUGGGCAUGGUCGAGCAGAGGAGAUUGCGCUCUCUAGCCAAGCGUCUAUCUCGCGGCCAAAAGAUAACACUAGGAAUCGUCCUAUGUCUCUUCAUCGUCUACGUCUCAACCUCCUACGACAGCCGGCUGCGGUCUUUCCUCCGAUUUGAACAUAACGUCGUGGAAGACUACUUCCAGGAACACCACCCCAGCGAUUCGUGGCUGUUCAAGAAGCAAAGAUACCCAAUCGACCCUGAUAAGGACGUGGGCAUCAUACUCAAGACUGGUUACGGGACGAGGAAUCGAGUGCCGGUCGCCAUCGAAGCGCUGAAUAACGAGUCCUUCUUCGCCGACACGCUUGUCGUUCAAGACUUCCCACCCAUACAGAGCCAGCUGCAUUACGCGCUAUCCAAUGGCAAGGACAUUCCCGUGGUGGACAUAAUAGGAUGGAACCUGGAGAGGGGAGCCCUGAAGGGCAAAGGGCACACGGAACGGAUAUUGAAGUACAAGAACAUGGCCGAGGCGAUUGAGGCAGAAGAAUGGGCGUUGUCGGAUGGAUUGGGCAAGGAUAUGGGCUGGGAACUCGAUGCCAUGAAGUUCCUUCCCGGCCUCGAGUACGCCUGGAAUACGAUGCCCAAGAAGAAGUGGUACAUCAUGUUGGACGACGAUACCUACAUGAUCAAAUCGUCCAUGAGCAUGCUCGUGGGACACUUGAACUACGGCAAGCCUCAUUUCCUAGGGAACCCGGUGGGAGACUACAAAGGUCGCUUUCCGCAUGGUGGUUCGUCGGUCAUCUUGUCCGGCGCUGCUCUGAGCAAGCUAUACGAUGUCCAUCCACAGGUUGUUGCUGAAGGCAACCUGGAGUCCCCAUCCGCCAUCUACGGCGACAAGCUGAUGUCGACCACUUUUAUGAAAAUAGGAGUCUACCUGGACGAGACGUACCGGCGCAUGUUCAACGGUGAGAACCCCUGGAUGACACGGCUGUGGGCCGACCGCUUGUGCCUGCCCCUCGUAGGCUUCCAUGGUCUCGGGAACCAUGACGAUAUGCGGGCAGUGGGAGAGACGUUCGGCGGCAUGCGUGAACCUGUGUUCUGGAAGUCCCUAGGCAAGAUUUACGGAGCACCCGACUACGCGACCUACGUCGAUCAACCAAUCCGGAACAAUAUGGACUACGUGGGACGCCUCGACGAGUGGAGCACAAGCGUCCCGAACACGACGACAGUUGAGGAGUGCCUCAAGAUCUGCGACCAGCAGUCUACACAAUGUCUAGCAUGGACAUAUGACCCGGGCUCGAGAUACUGUCACUUCGCACCGUGGAGCAUCGUGGGCAACUUUGUCGAAGGAUGGUCAUCAGGGGUGAACGGCAAGCGAGCACAGAAGCUGCUGAACAAGUGCCAUUCGCCUUUAUAA